AUGUUUCUCGAACAUAAAUUCCUCGUAUUCUUGAUCUCGUUCUCGAGGCUGCGUCAUUUUGUUCGAGCGAGGCAACAGCAAACCCAGAACCAGGUAUCACACAGUCCACAAGCAAAUUCACCAAAUCCAAAUGCUCCUGGAAAAGCAAGCCCCUCUCCGGCAAGCUCCGCUUCACCAGCAACUCCAGGAAAAACUGAAUCUAAACUCGUCGAAUGCAGUCUUUGCAGAAGGCAGUUCAAAAAUAUUCCCGCUCUCAAUGGUCACAUGAGACUUCACGGCGGAUACUUCAAAAAGGAUGGCGAAAACAAAAAGAACGAGAAGAAGGAAGCUCCUGGACCUCCACUUCAGACGGCUUCGGCCAACGGCCUGGCGAGAAACGCCGUUUUCAACAACGUCGAUGUCUCUAAUCACAUGAUCGGCAAGACCAAUUUCGCCGUGCCUGCUCCACCUCCGCUGGUCACUGGCGAGAAAAUAAGGCGUCUUUCUGAUAGCGAGCAUUUCAGACAGCCCAACAUCACUGUCGGACACACUACUGUCCAGAAACAGCUUCAGGAAGCCCAAACUCAGGCACAGGCUCAAGCACUUGCUGAUAUGAUUCUUAAGAGCACAACAAAGAUGACAGUAAAGAGAGCGACUUCGGACCCAGGACAGCGGGUCCAACUGACCUACCAGUCAAACUUGCCUAGCAACCAGUCCCAACAAAACCAACAGGUUUCUGAAGGUUUUACUAUAGCUAAUUAUUCAGAGGAUGGAGGAUACUUUAGUCCAAGUCUUCAAGAUGAAGUCUUCCAGCAAUUCCAGGCAUCUAGUCUCUUACAAGACCAACCACCAGACCAACUCCAAGACAUCACCCUGGAAGACCGCUUCACCAGCCAGCACACAGUAAACCCAGAUCUGCAAGCUCUCGUCAACUCACCCCUCCCCGACUCACUAGCCGAAUUCAGCACCUACGGAACUCAGUACACCGAGAGUCCGCACACUCUACCAACUCAAUCGCCCUUGCCUUCGCCUCUGACCCGCCACGACAGCCCAAGCUUCACUUACCCAACCCCGCCCUCCAGCCAGGAAGGCCUCCUGUCAGGAACUCUUCCACUGCUGAGCCCAGAAGACGAUCCGGAGGCAGUCAGACCAGUAUCAUCUCCCUUAUCAGCAGCCUUCUACACGACGACCUUAUCAUCAGCUGCUGCAGUGGAAGAGGCGUUGAACGCCGUCCUCCCAGAAGAAACCGAGGCUGACAACGGGCAGGGAAGCGGCGGGUCGGAUCUCUACAGUUCUUCCCCAAAUCCCAAUUCUCCAUUGCCAAGUCCGCUAUCAGCAACUCCAGCUCCCUCGCCGUUGUCUUCCUUGCCUCCUUCUUCCGUCUCUUCUCCAGGACCAGUCACCUUUUCUUCCUCGGGGUUCCCGGUGUCGCCCCACGCGCUCCAGAACCAGAUGAUGCCCAACUCCGAAGACCCUUUGCUGUCCUCCAGUCCCAAAGACUUCGGGGCUGCCAGGAGGAAGCAGUUCGAGUUCCAAUCCUACAAGCUGAUCACCAACCAGAACCUGGUGGACUUCGGCCUGGGGAACGGAAGCCUAGCGGGCAUCGUCGUUGACAACAACGGAGAGUACAAGCUCAUCCAGACAUCCGGACUCCAGAAAACCAACGUCCUGGUCCAAGCUAGUCCUGCUCUGACCUUCAGGAAGGAAAUCCGGCUGACACCCAAGGUAGAACCUGGAAGCGUAUCAGCUUCGACGAACCAGUUCCAGGGCAACGUCCAGGCGAUAAAUCCUGCCAAGUUCCUCAUCCAGGCGACCAGCAUCAACCACGCGAAGCUCAAGCUCCAAAGAGGCUCACCAGCUCCGGGGGCGAACCUACCAAUUCCAAUUGAACAGAUUAAGGAAGAGCUAGAUGAUGAUAUCUUUCUCAGUCCUGGAAAUGUUUCUGCUAACAGUCCAAUGAGGCAAAGCAGGAAAAGACCCAGGGUUGAUAGCUACCCCCAGAACCUGUAUCCGUCGAGACUAAGGCGUGCUUGUGAUCGGCACUGGGAUAGUUCUUACACCCCUCCGCCGAUACUCAAUCCCUCGAGACCUGGCUCUGGGCUCUAUGCCAGGCUCCAUCAGUAUGAAAAGGAGUCGGAGAUUAGUUCUGAUGAGUCCCAGAGCAACGAUUGUCCCCCUCCGAGGAUUAAUAUCGGAACCAGGUACCAGGCUGCCAUUCCAGCUAUUAGUUGUGAGGAGAGAGGUCGUGGUGGAAGGGAAACUGAUCAUCUUUUGUGGGAUCCUGGCAUAAUUAAUGGGCUCACUGAUAAUGAAUGUGGUAGAAACAAAGAGUACGCGCUGCAUCUUCUGCACAUGUGCAAAGGAAACAUCCACGAGGCGAUGCUGAAAUUAAUGAGACCGACUCCAGCACUACCGGUCCAGCACCCGCUGCUAAGCUACGAGUGCCGCGAAUCCGACCGCUGGACGUCCCAGGAAAUGGAAGCGUUCUAUCAAGGAUUGCUAGAGUACCACAAAGACUUUUCCGGGAUUGCCAGAGAUAUAUGUACAAAGUCCGCUAAACAGUGCACACAAUUCUACUACCUCUGGAAAAAACUGUGUCCGGACGAGUACCGGCGAGUUAGAGCCCGCCAUGGUAGACCAAAGAACCCCGUUAAAUCUGAUAAGCACUGUAAAGACACUAAAGAUACUAAAGAGCUCAGGGAUGCCAUCGCUUCUGUCCAUUCGAUGGAUUUCAGUGAAGAAAAGUCUAUUCUUCAUCGAACACUCACAUUUUACAAUUUUUUUAUUUUAUUUGAAAAAUACAUUUUUUAUAAAAUUUUUAUUUAUUUAUUAAGGAGUUCCAGCAUGCAAAGUAGUCAAAUUUUAAAUGACACUGAAAGCUUUAGCGGAAGUGUAACAGUAAAGAUGGCCGGAAGCACCCAUACCGGCGUAUCCGGCAAUACCGGGCACGCCACAGUCAACACCAACUCACAAACUCACAUUAGUUCUGAGCAACAACUACCCGUGUCCACCCCUCUUCACUACCCCUGCAAGAUUUGCGGGAAAGUUUUCAACAAAGUGAAAAGCAGAAGUGCCCACAUGAAAUCACAUCGGCCAAUGCCCUCGCCAGAUUUAACGGACUCUAAGAAGCCAGCUUCGCAACAAACGUCUAAACAAUCUCGUGCACAGUCGAACAAUGCGAACAAUAUUACCAACAACUCGCCUCAAAUAAUAGAGUACCAAAAGCUCCAGAACAGUGACUUGACCAAUCCAAACGCGAACCAUCUGUGGCACAACCCCACAAGAUUAAGACCGCCAUAG